AUGGAAAAUUGUGAUACUUCUUCAAUUACAAACAGUAAAGUACCUUAUGAUCCUGGUUGGAAUGAUCCACCAAAAUUUGCUUACAACAGUCAACAAACAACUCCAAAUCGGCCACGAAAUUUUCUAAACAAACGCGUGGCUUUUCCUUUGUCUGGUAGUAGUACCAGUACAAAUACAUCACCUUCUGUUAAUUUACCACCAUUGCCUACAUUAUCUCCUCUUCCUAAGCCAAACAUGAUACCACAAGCAAAAUUGCAAGGCAAUGUUGAAAUUGAUAGUGAAAGUGCACUUCAGGAAGUAAAAGGCCUUUUAUUAGGAAUUUUGGAAUCCAGUAGUGAACUAGGUCCAAAAGCCGAUAGUAUCAAAAAAAGGAUAGGAACAAUGGAAGACAUGUGGCUUAGUGGAAAACUAAAUAAUCUAAUUCAAUUACAAAUGAGAGACUUGGCAUAUGCACUCAGAGACGAUAAUCCAAGUAAAGCUGAUGAUAUCCAUAAAGCCUUAAUGGUAGACCAUGUGAGUGCUGUCUGUACUUGGAUGCCAGGAGUAAAACAACUAAUAUACCACUGCAUUGCCCGAUCAGAAUUACUUGCGAUGGAUAAAGAU